CAACGCCUGAUUAUAGUAGUUCGCUACAAUCUUGGGACAGGACAGCAUAUACUUAUGGAACCAGAUAUUAACAUAGCGGAUGGAAGCCGCCAUGUAGUGCGCUUUGAACGUAUCGGGGCAUUAGCACUGUUACAGAUCGAUGCUGGCAUGGUACGUAUUGCCAAUCCUUCAGAAAGUGGUCCAAAUACUCAGGUGAAUAACGAUAUGCAGGAUGCCCAGGAUCUUAAUGCAGUUUCAAGCUCAUCAGAACCUGGGGUUCUUAUUCAUGCAAUGUCAAACCGUAUGUCAAGAUGUCCAGAUAUUAAUACGCGCUUGCAAGACUGUCAAGUUGGUUUGGUGCCAGAGGAUAUCGUCAGGCCUAUGAUUGUCUAUAAGGACAGCAGAACUGGAAGAAUAUUAGAGACUAAAAAAGAGCAGCCAGGACUUGGUCACAUUAAAAAUACGAAAUUUAUUACUAAGGAACAAUUGCUAGUCGAUAGUGAUGUUCAUAAACAUCAUAUGAAUAAUAGACUAAUUAGUGACAACAAAGAAAAAGAGGAAAUCAGUACAGAGCAAUUUCUGGAUGAUAUCACUCGUUCAAGUGAAUCAAAACUUGUUAUGAUGCAGCAGCUACCAGGAGAAGAGGAUGUUUAUAAAAAUCAGGGAAGAAGUGAUGUGGUGGAACAAGCAAGGAGAUUUGAGGAGAUUGCAGAGUCAAAGCUAAGACAAAAAGUAGAUAGAAAGAAACAAGUUAUUCAGUCUGGCAGAGGAAAUAAAAGUGAUAUCCUAGAAUUACCUAAUAUCAGAGGGGAAAAUGGUGGUAAAAUGGAUUUGGACUUGGAGCCAACUAGCCGUCAAGCGCACUCAAGUUCUACGGAAUCGAGAAAAUUAGCGGAAUAUGAAUCUACCGAUAAAAGGCACAUUAAAGAGAGUUUAUUUUCUGCGGCAGGUCUGGUAAACAUAUGGCUUGUCAUAGCAUUGACUAGUAGCGGGGUUUUCAUGCUCUUCGGGUUGACCUGUGCUGUAUAUCGAUGCAGAAGAUUCAGAGAUGAAGGUACUUAUGAUGUGGAUGAAAGUUUGGCAUAUCGAGACCCAGGCGGAAAAUGCUUGAAGCAAAAGAAGGAGACCUCUACAGAAGAAGACACAAUUGACUUAAGAGUAUUAAAAAAAGAAGGGAACGCCAGAAAUCUGAAGGAUGUGCAAACUGAUUCACAUACAUUUAAAGUGAGUUAA